AUGAACCAUCCCAAAUCGACAAAUAGACGAAAAAUUGCGUCGACUUGGUACAAGUACAAAGUUCUAGCCGAAGACAUCACACAAACGCCUCCCAAAGGAUGGAUGCGCACUCGAUUUGGCUGGGAUUGUGGUAACCCUGAGCAUCUAAACACAUUUGCGUAUUCGGGUGACGGGCAAGAAUAUGCCUAUUGGCAUUCAAACUCUUCUGACAAAUGGUACAAAUAUCCAGUUCCGGUUCUAGACUCGAAAAAACAGCACCCUGUACAGAUGCAGACGCAAUUCCUUUACUGUCAGACCUCGCGAACAUUCAUACAUAGGGUUCCAGAUAUUUAUACGAAAGCAGAAAAGCGGUCUUCAUCUUCGCCUGAACUGAAAGAUGAUGAAAAUUUCACAGACGUCAAGCUUCAAGAUUCGAACGGAGAAGUUGUCAGUUUCCUAACGCUCAUGUGUGAAAGUGAUAGAGCUCAUUUUACGCAAAACGCAACGACCAGGACUCUCGUUGAAUUUGUUGCCAUUUCUCAAGGAUGGUUUGGCGUCAACACGAAGAGUGGCGAGGAGGAGAAAGAAGUCAAAGAUUGGUUUCCUGACCAUACGACGCGUCAAGAUUGUUAUCAUGUGUUAUGGGUGGAGUGGGAAAAUGGUAUUGCGUAUCGAAGGGGUAAUGGGUGCGUAGUGAAAGAGGUGUGGGAAAGGGAAAGGGAAAGAGAGGAAGAAUUGUUGGAUUUGGUUUUGGGGUGA